GUUAAUUGUCAUCUCUGACACGAUCUGAAUGAUUCAAUGAUCCGUUCUAAAAUCAUGUUUGGCAACAUGGAUUCAUUUAAGUUUGGCAAUAAGCAAUUACAAUUAAUAACAAUAAGGAAUGAGUUUUUAAGAAUUGUUAUAAUACUUGUUUAAAACGAGUUGUGAGUUUUGAUACGUUGGGUUACAGGGCUUUUUUGACUUCAUCAUUGUCAACCAAUAAGGAAUAAGAAAAUAUGACAUGCUAACAUGUGAAAGAGCUGAAGUAAAAUAAGAAAGGAACACGAAAACAGAAACUUUGCAGACAAAGAUGUUUACCGGAUAAUACUGGUUGAGAUGGUAAGAAACUAAUCACAGUAUGCAAAGUCAGUGCCGAUGCCAGAUGCCCACAGAUCUGCAUGUUUUCAGUGUUGGUUUCCUACGUCGAAAGGAACGACUGAUAAGGAGGAAAAGGAUCUCAUUAAGCGCAGAGCAAGUUAUAAAUGCCGAUUAAUGGAAUUUUCAGAUUAUAUAUACAACGAACUACAGCUAAGACUCGUAAGGAGAGACGGCUUGAGUUACUGCCCGAGUACAGAAUAUGCUUCAACUGCUUUUGGUCUGGUCAUAAUGCUGAUCAUUGUAAGGCUUCUGGAUGCAAAAUAUGUUGAGAUGUGUUGGUUUCCUACGUCGAAAGGAACGACUGAUAAAGGAGGAAAAGGAUCUCAUUAAGCGCAGAGCAAGUUAUAAA